AUGCCGACCCCACGCACCGCCGCGUCGCGCGAUCGCGCCUCUCGCGCGGUUGGCGCCUCUACGGCGAUCGGCCUCCCGGGGUUUGGGUUCGGUGGCUACGCCGGUUCUUCGUCGCUUCGAGACGAACACGGCAGCGCGGAGGAGAUUUUGGACGACGACGUCGCGAGCGCGCUUCGACGGUGCGCGCAAAAGUCGUCGACGGCGACAAAGAUGAAAGCGUUACGCGAGCUCGGCGACGCGCUUUUUGAUUCGAACGGGGAGGCGAGAAAAUCAGCGGAGGCGCUGACGGCGAUCGCGCGACCGUGGAGUCGGGCGUUUGAUCGAUUGGUUGGCGACGGCGACGUUGGGUGUCGAAGAGACGCGAGCGCGCUGAGCGGAAAGUUAGCGGUGGCGUGCGGGAAGUCGUUGGGAAGGCUGUUGAAGACGACGCCGUUGAUGGGUGCUUGGGUAAAGGCGAUGUGCGAUCCCGCGAGCGAAGUCGCGGAGGUCGCGAGAGAGGGGUUUGAGAAAACGUUUACGAGCGAAGAGCGGCGGGCGAUGGCGCUCGCGCGAGCGCACGAUGCGAUUAUGAGUGAUUUGAUCGAUUGCCUCAAGCGUCGAGGGCCGCAGGAUAUGGUUUUCAAGGAUGGGACAGAGACAGAGCGGCACGCGCGGUUCGAGCUCAGCUCUCGCUCGGCGCUCGGUGCGGUGAGGUUUGUGUGCGAACGCUUGUGCACGUUCCAGGGCGACGACAGCGAUGGCGCUGCGAAGAAAUUUGGCGCGCUCUUGGACGAACUGUCGUGCUUCAAGACGCAGAUUAAGGGUGAAUUUUCGUCCAUUCGUCGCGAUGCGUACGUCACGCUCGCUGUGAUAUCGAAAAAGUCGGCGGACAACGCUCUCACGCCGGCGUGGCGAGACGUGCUUCGCGGUCAAAUGCCGAAGGUUGCCUCGACCAGCUUCGACCUCUUGACGUCCGAGACAGAGCCCGGGGCGAUUCGAGAUAUGUGGGAACUCAUUUUAUGUCUCAUCACGUCAACGCCCGACGCGUGGGACGCAAUCGAUAUUGAGAAAGAUUUCAUGCACGCUCUGCGUAAGCACUUCAAGCGCGGGAGCUACGGAGCCGCGGGCGUCUCAGCGCCGUCAUUGCUCCCUCUGUUAGCACACAUGCCUCCGAAAUCGUUGAGCUCUCGCGACGCCGAGGGCGCAGCAAUGGGUGGGCUCGUCGGUAUCUUAGACGCCGUCUUCACCGGUUGGAGUCUUCUUAGUGCGAGCGCCGUGCGCUCGAACGAGGCGCGGGAAACUUUGCCCGCGAUGCGUGAGGGCGUCUUGUACGGGGUGUUGAAACUCGCACCCACGACAGAUCACGCCGAGGAGUGCGCGACGCGCGUAUUGGUCGAUCGCGUCGUCGGUAUAUGGAUGCGAGAAUUUUUAGCGCGCGGCGACGCGAUGGCGCUCGAUUUGAUGUGCGACGCGUUGAACAUUUUGGGAUCCAAGCCGCACGCGAAGAGCGCCGUCAUCGAGGCCUGGGCAAAGCUGAGUGACAUCACCGAAGACGCACUAAACGAUCCCGAGCAAGGUGAACACGCGAGUGCGAUGUACGCACGAUUGUGCACGUCCGGGAAAGUCACCGCGUUCGCCGAAGCCACAGCGCCAUUUGCGAGAGCGGUGUUAGAGCAAGCGAAGACGUCGCCGUCAACGCAAACGAUGCAAAGAUUGGCGGAUCUCGUCGAAAGUCUCGGUGUUGCUCCGUUCAACGGCGCACAAAACUUGAUGGAUUUAUGCCUUCGCGCGCCCGCGCCGCCGAACGCCGGGGCGGUCAUCGCCGCCGUGCUCAAGCACGAAGCUGGCUUGUGGGAUACCGUGCUUGGCCGCACGAUGCGGGCUAGCUCAGAAGAUUUCUCGAGCGUCGUCGUUCUCACUGACACGGUUCGAGCGACAAAAAACGCCUCGAGUUUGAAGUGUGACGCAAUGGAUGACAUCGUUCGUCGAUGCGCGUCUCAGUCGAGUUUGGAAUCGUGUUCAAACUUAUUGAUCGCCGUGGCGGAAGCUGGCUCGAUAGUUUCGGCGAGUGCAUCUCGCGACGUAUUCGAAAGUCUCUCAUCCGGCGAAAGAGAAGGACCUGGCCGUAAAGCGCUGCGUUCGUGGAUCUGGCCACCGCCAACGGAUGCCGAAGUCACCGCAUCUUGGUCCGUCGCGAUAGGAGUGAUGUUCGCUGAUGUGCUCUUGGAGAGUCAACUGAACGUUGAGUGCGUCAUUCACGAAGCCGCAAACGAAAGCGAUAGUGAGCACGAGGUGGAGUACGUGGAAAAACAUCUAGGCGAGACUCAGCGUGAGUGGCGUUCAAUCGAACGUGACACUCAACGAAUUGCGGAGCUUUCAUACGACGCGAGGAACUCACUGGCGAUGGCCAUUGUGCAAGCGGCGGCGGCGAUGGCGCGAACGCAGCAUCUGGGUGAGUCGGAAUUAGUGUUCAGAUUAUGGGCACAGAUCAGCAUCCACGCGCUUCGAUCAUUCAAACUAAGCGACGAUGUGAGCGCGAAGUGUUUCGUGGACGAGAUCACCGAGAGCGUGGACGACGAAGUGAACUUUUACUGGCUUGACGCCGUCGCGCGGGAAAUUGGUUGGACAUCUUUGCUCGCCGCAAUGCACGCCGACGACCGCAUCACUUUCACCAUUGACGCCUUGUCAUUGCCCUCCAGUGAAAAUAAAGUUUUCACUGCCGCGAUUUGCGGAGACAAGAAGCUCAGAAACGUCACGUUCUCGUCACUCAUCGACGCCAUGGUCGCCGCACCUUCAGAGGAUGAAUCCGUGGAGGACGCGCUGCUGAAUUUUUUACGCACAUUACGGGACGUCGACGCGGCAUGGAUCGACAGUCAAUACGAAGUCGUGCGGUACUUUGUGAGCACAUCUAAACCAUCGAUUGAUGAGCGUUCGCGUCGGCUUACGCGCCUUCUCCCGUGGCUGCUUCCUUCGGACAUGUCAGGUGGUGAACAUGCUGGGCAGUUCAUCUCUGAACUUGUUCGCGAUACAAUCGUAGGAGUCGAGAAUCGUCGUCGGCCGCUCGAUGGCACGCGGUUCGAGCUCAUCGCUGCGUGUUUCAGUCGUCACGAUGACGUAGAUGGAUCGAGCUUCGUACAUUCACUUCAAGACGAAGCGUGCGCACCACUCAUGGAGGUGUAUCGUGCAAUCGCAACGCGUGAGGCGGCCGAGGCCGCGGCUAGCGCCGCCGCGGCUCGUUUCGGCGGCGACAGAUCCGGUACCUCUGCUGAAACACGCACUAGCAAUGCGGAGGCCGGAAUAGCUGCGCUCACAGCGGCCAUCAUUCGACGCACUGCGUCGAGUUUCGAAUCUAGAGAUUGGGGUGCCGUCGUUGGGCGACUCGAUGCGUGGACGGCUCGAAGGGUGAAGAGCGCGGAAGUCUAUGCCGACGGUGAUGCCGUGGACGGCGACGACGGAUCACGUGCUUUGAGCGACGCCGCGAUGGUCAUAUGUCUCAUCGACUCGCUACCGAUGGAGCUGCUCGAACCGAAAGACAAGCCGUCGUCAGGUGACCUCGUGCCAUACGCCUCUCACGGAGCUGCGGCUAUGACAGUCGCCAAAGCACUCGCGCACGCCGGUUGGCCUCGCGAGCGAGCGGACAUAAUUGAACGAUUAUACCGAUGCGUCAUCCUAGCUGGCACUGAGCUUCACGAUAUCUGUGAGGAUGAGGAUGAAGAACGACGCGCCGCGUUUUGGGCGCGAUGCUGCAGCGAGACGCUCAUGUGGACGCGCGUGGCUCAGCUGGCAUGCGCAAAUGCUCCGACGAAUUUGAGCGCAUUACACGCAGGUCUUGCCGUAGACAACCACGACGCUUCUUGCGAGACCAUAUCGGCUCUGUAUCGAUUACUAACUGCGAAUGGCGUCACUAGAGACGACGAGGCUACCGAGGCACUGCGUCGCGCGGCAUAUGGUAUGCUUGCGAGCAAGACGCUCAUGCAGUCGGCGGUGGUCGGCAUCGAUGCGAGCAUCUCCGAUGUCGCCAAAGUUGAGAGCGCUCUCGAUGCCGCGCUUGCAGCGGUGGAUGAAAAUGAAAACGCAUCGGUCGAGAAUUUUGGGACUCCAGCGGUGAGCGCUGGAUUGCGAGAAGAUUUGGCGGCGCUUUUAUCCGGUGAGGUCGACGCACCGCACACCGUCGUGCUCCUCGGUUGGGCCCUGCUACUUCGCUACAUUCUCUCACUAUCGAUAGGUUCGUCUUGCAGAGAGCGUUUGGUGAACUACACGCGCGAGACGAAGGCGGUGGCGACGCUCAUGCGAGACAUCACACAGUCGAUGCCGCUUCCGGAGUCUAUGGAUAUUGAAAGCGAAUCAGACGCCCCUUUGGCUUGGCGAGGGAUCGACUGGAGUGAUCCCACGUCGCCAACUCAAAUAUUCGACCCGAGACUCUCGCUCGAGGUGCUCAUUUAUGGCGCUACCCUACACGCGCUACCGGCGAGCGUUCGAACCUUUGUGAGCGACAUGAAACCGCAGCGAGAUGCAAAGCUUCUCGAAGCCGCCACGGCGGCAACGGUGUCUCCAGCGCUCAUUGCGGACGAAUUCCGAGCCGUAUCCGCGAUGACCUUCACCUCCGAUGGCUCCGGGUCGCUCACGGUGAAACCUUCGGUGAACACGCGAGAGGUGUUGACGACGUACGAAAUUGACGAGUCGUCUCUUCAGCUCGCCGUAAAGCUCCCGAAUUCCUACCCCCUCGCCCCCGCCGAGCUCGUGUGUGCCGAGCGCGUGGGUGUCUCCGAGGCCCGCCUACGCAAGUGGAUGCUCGGUAUCUCCGCCAUACUCAAGCACCAAAACGGCGCCGUCGCCCAAGGCUUACUCCAAUGGCAGCGCAACAUCGACGCAGAGUUUGCCGGCGUCGAACCGUGCCCGAUCUGCUACGCCGUCCUCCACCCCGUGGACCACCAGAAGCCACGCAUGUCCUGUCGACAGUGCUCAAACACGUUCCACGCCACGUGUCUCUACACCUGGUUCCGUUCGAGCUCGAAAUCGUCCUGUCCGCUCUGCGUCACCCCGUGGGGCGCGACGUACCGUUGA